UCUUCUUUCCUCGACAACUCCACUUGAUUACCCAUCCCACGUUAACAUUUCCAAGCAAAGCCAGCCAGCCCCCUUAAUCCUUAUAAGCCAGGCAAAGCAGCUAGAGCCCACACCAUCUCUCCCUCUCCCACACUGCAUCGUUGCUGCAUAUCUUGCUCAGUGGUAAUUAGGAGUGCUCACGAUGGCGACGGCAAUUGGUUCUGCAGCAAGACGAGUAGUUCUUAGAAGGUUUUCGAGUGGUGGUAAAGUGCUUGGCGAAGAGGAAAAGGCAGCAGAAAAUGUUUACAUUAAGAAAGUUGAGCAAGAAAAACUGGAGAAACUUGCACGCAAGGGUCCUAAACCUGAGGAGACAACUGCCUCAGGCUCAGGUGCGGCACCAGCUGAUGUCAAAGCAAGCACCGCUGCUUCCUCAACACCACCAGGAUCAUCCACUGAAAAAGUAUCAACUGACAAAUACCGGAAUUAUGCAGUUGUAGCUGGUACUAUUACAGCUCUUGGUGCUCUGGGAUGGUAUCUCAAAUCUGGUGGGAAGAAGCAAGAGGAAGUACGGGACUGAUGCCAUUGUGUUUUGUGAAGAAUGAAAAGAAUGAAGGAGGCAUCACUUUUUAGUUGCUUCUACCACCCUUGGAGUCAUGGUAGUAGCUACCAAUAAGCAGGAUUUUGCACACGAUGUGCUUGGAUACAUUACACCCUUGAAUAUAAUUUUCAAGGGAAGUGGUAAAAGAACUUCAUUCAAAAGUGAUAUCAGGAUCAUUAAUAACAAAAUGAACCAAUUUUCUUGUGA